AUGUACCAGCCUGCUCUGGCCUGCUCUGGUUAGGUCUGGUCAGGUCUGGCCUGCUCUGGUCAGGUCUGGUCAGGUCUGGCCUGCUCUGGUCAGGUCUGGCCUGCUCUGGUCUGCUCUGGUCAGGUCUGGUCUGCUCUGGUCAGGUCUGGCCUGCUCUGGUCUGCUCUGGUCAGGUCUGGUCAGGUCUGGUCUGCUCUGGUCAGGUCUGGCCUGCUCUGGUCUGCUCUGGUCAGGUCUGGCCUGCUCUGGUCUGCUCUGGUCAGGUCUGGCCUGCUCUGGUCAGGUCUGGCCUGCUCUGGUCAGGUCUGGUCAGGCCUUGUGUCUCUCGAGGAGCGGAACAGGCAGGAACAGACCGGAACAGACACGGCCCAUUUGGCGACGAACUGUUUAGAGAGUCAUGAUUAUUAUAACUGAUGGGGCAAUGACACACACACACACACACACACACACACACACACACACACACACACACACACACCACACACACACACACACACCACACACACACACACACACACACACACACACACACACACACACACACACACACACACACACACACACACACACACACUAACUGUAAGUUAGGCCUACAGUCACUAGAUUAUUAGUAGCCUACUGUACCAAUGGUAUUACUACAUUAAAACAUGAUUAGCAUGCUGGUGACUGUCUUCCCGUAGCGGAGAGUUGUGACGUGGGGUUGGUUAGCCCGCGCCCCGAGGCCCGGGCCCAGCGCACGCCGCCGGUAACAGUAACGGUUCCCGGAGAGGAGAUGCGCGUGGACCUGCAGGGCUCCGAACUGUGGAAACGGUUUCACGAGAUUGGUACCGAGAUGAUCAUCACCAAGGCCGGCAGGUGGGAGAAAACACAACACACGUCACAUUAACACAUUAUUAACAUUACCACACAUUAUAUUACAUAGACAGAUUAAAGAAAAAAGAAAAAAGAAGAGGAUCGAACGAAUAACACGUCUUCUUCUCGAAGUUAAAAGGAUAAACGUUCUGCUGGGAUGAAAAUGGGUUAGGCCUGUUAUUUUUUAUUCAUCGGACUAUUAAUUUUAAGAAGCUCAAAGUUUAAUUAAAGGAAAUACCGUAAACAUUGUUUUGUAGCAGCAUUGUAAAACAUAAAAUAAAAAACAUGGAGCUUGGACUAAUAAUAAUAAUAAUAAUAAUAAUAAUAAUAAUAAUAAUAAUAAUAAUAAUAACGUUUUAAAUUAUUGUUUAUUAUAAUGUUAAUUAAAGCAUAAUUUAGAAACUUCUAUCGUAGCCUACGGGUCAUGUAUGAUUUGUAUUUUCUGACAGGGCCCGCCUCGGCUAAGCAGAAUCAUAUAUUAGGCUAAUGAGCUGAUAUAUCAAUCUGUGAGAAAUGCGUAUAUUUCAUGGCACGAUAAAUCCUAAUGUCAGCGAUUGUAAAUAUGACUAAGUGACUAUGUUGCAUACAUAUAUGAUGUAUUUAUGUAACUCUAUUUCAUGUCUGACAUUGACGUCUCUCUUUUCCCGAUGCAGGCGGAUGUUUCCCGCUAUGCGUGUGAAGAUCUCUGGUCUGGACCCCCACCAGCAGUAUUACAUCGCCAUGGACAUCAUCCCCGUGGACAACAAACGAUACAGGUGAGGAUUAAUACAAAAUAACUUACUAAUAAUUUAUUAUAGUAUAUAUAAAUGAUGUAGGCCUGUAUGCUGUAGGCUUACCGCGGCUACAGGCUAUUUCUAUUGUUUUGAUCAAAGUAUAAAUGACUAAGAAAGGAGACACACUUCCGUUGUUCGCUGUAACACAUGGACAAAACAGGUGUAUUGGUACAGUAUAUGGAGGUGACUCGGUAGGCUAUAUUUGAUAUAGUAUAAACCCGCGAGGUUUAAGGUUUUGGUCUAAUUGUUUGCUUCGCUGGAGCCGGACAAAUGGCGGUUGGUCUGUCUGUUGAUCAGUCAGAGUCAGAGAUGGUUGUGUCCCGGUGCCGUUUGUGAGGAUGAACGCCUUUUGGACAGCUGACCUCCUAACCUCCCUCCUAACCUCCCGGGCCUGAAGGUCAACUAACAAAUGUUACAAUAACAGGUACAAAAAACACAUUUUUGACGUUAUUCUCUCUCCCUGUGUGUGUGUGUGUGUGUGUGUGCAGGUACGUGUACCACAGCUCCAAGUGGAUGGUUGCGGGAAACGCGGACUCCCCGGUGCCGCCGCGUGUGUACAUCCACCCGGACUCGCUGGCUUCCGGUGAGACGUGGAUGCGUCAGGUGAUCAGCUUCGACAAACUCAAACUGACCAAUAAUGAGCUGGAUGACCAGGGACAUGUAGGUUACCUAGACAACACUACCUAUAUAUUAUCAAUAUUGUAUACUGCAUAUAUAUAUAUAUAUAUAUAUAUAUAUAUAUAUAUAUAUAUAUAUAUAUCACCAACACUAAACAUUAUUAUCUCUGUAUUAUUAGGCAUAAUUCUCUAAAUUGAGGGAUGGAUGGAUAUAUUUAAGUUCAUUGAUUGAUUGAUUGAUGAGCCUAUAAUAUUUUAAAUUCUACUGUAAAAUACAGUGUCUUUAAACCUGUAAAAUUAAAUAAAGUAAAAUAAAGUGUGUUUAAACCAGAGAAACUUGAGAGAGGGGAUAUCAAUGAAAUAAUAAAUUCUGCUUGAAAUCUAAUAUUUUAUCAGAUGUUUAUUAUUAUUAUGUUUACUGUAUAAUAAAGGUUGUAGUUGAUCAAAGGACAGAGGUCAGAGGUCAGUGGUCUGUGGUAAAUAUUCAGAGUAAAAGGAUGCUGCUUAUUGAGAUCAUAUCUGGGUUGCUUUCAGAGGAAGGAAAUAGAUCAUAUUUUCCCCAAAAGUUUCAACCUCCAAUUAGUAUGAUAUGUUUGGUAUGUAUCAAUUUGUGGAUAUCCAUCCUCCAUUUCAUAUGAUAUGUUAUAAUUGCAAUUCAUACAAUAUGUUACGAAUUUUCAAAAUGUAUGAUAUGUUACGAAUUCCAAUUUGUUGUGGCUAACGUUAGCUAAGUGGCUAACGCUAACGUUAGCUAGGUGGCUAACAUUAACUAGGCUAGGGGUUAGGGUUAGGGGUCAAGGUUAAGGUUAGUGUUAGGAUUUAUGCUAAAGCGUUAAGGUUAGGGUUUGGGGAAGGGUUAGCUAACAUGCUAAGUAGUUGCAAAGGAGCUAAAAGGAGUAAGUAGUUGCAAAGUUGCUAAUUAGCUAAAAUGUCCUUUGGGUUGCUAGACGCCUACCCGUCCACCCCGACCAACCACCCUACUUUCAUUUUUGCCUUAAGUGACCUUCUGUCUUAUGUAACCGUACCAAACGUAACAUAUCAAACUAAUUUGAAUUUCACGGACUUACUUUCACUAUGUUACUUUUAGUCUAUAAGACCAGGCUGGAAGUUUAGUUUAGUUUAAUUUUAAUAUUUUCAGAAUCAUUGUUUGAUGUUAAACAGACUUAAGCCCUCAGGCUGGACAAAAUGUGUUUGGCCGUUCAAAGGCAACAGUGUGUGUUUGUGUGUGUGUGUAGUGUGUGUGUGUAUGUGUGUGUGUGUGUGUUUGUGUGUGUGUGUAGUGUGUGUGUGUAUGUGUGUGUGUGUGUGUGUGUGUGUACAUGCGGGCCUGCAUGAGUGUGUGUGCAUGCCUGUGUGCUUUACGGUGUGGGAGAAUAGCAGGUCUUUCCAUUGGUGGGUAAUUUUGCUGCAGUCUAAUGGUGCCCUAACCGUGUGUUCAGAUCAUCCUCCACUCCAUGCAUAAGUACCAGCCCCGUGUGCAUGUGAUCCAUAAGGAGCGUGGUGAGGAGCUGUCUCCUGUUAGACCCGUUCCCCAGGGAGACGGAACCAGAACGCUCAGCUUCCCAGAGACCGUCUUCACCACU